AUGGAGGCGGAGCUGCCCCGCUCCGGCCAUUCGUACUUUGGCAUCGUCAGCUCGGCGCAAGAGGCGCACGCCAUCCUCGAGGCGAGCAAAUUGGGCCUCCUUCCCCGAGUCACUCGCCGUCUGACGGAUGACGAGCGACUCCGCUUCGUCCGGCCAGGCGCCGUGUUCGUGUGGGAAGAGGAGGAGGCAGGCAUCCGACGGUGGACAGACCACAUCAAAUGGAGUCCCUCGCGCGUCUCGGGCGCCUUCCUCACCUACACCGAGAUUCCAGCUCGAGGCGAGGAGACGCUCGUCAAGCAAUCCUUCUCUUCCGUCGAUGCGAACGGCACCAAGAUGCACUUGAUCGCCUACACGUCCAAGUCGGCCUGUGCGAAUGGGUUGCUCCCGCUCGCUGCUCGAGAUCCCCUCAUCCAGCAUAUGCUCGCCCUGCGCACGAACAGCGGAAGGGAUCCUCGCGAGAAGCCCGCCGUCCCCCCACCACUACCUGUCGCCGCCCCUUCCGCACCACAAACACCUAUUGUCGACGGCUUUCCCUCGCACAUGCCUCCGUUCGCUCCUCAUCCAGCCGUCGCGCAAGGCUACCUUCACCGUUCCCAAUCGAGCCUCGUCGAUAUUGGCUCGGCGACCCGACCAGUAGGCGGUGCGGUGACGGAGAAGACUCGACCUUCGACGUCGACGUCUGAACCUCGACCUUCCUCUUCGUACGAUUCCUGGGCGGGUCGCCCUCCCUCUCCCUCUUCACGCUCGCUCAAUCAGCCCACCUCGACAAAAGACCGACGACAUCCCAGCCCACUCCUCCAGCCAGCCCGCUUCGACCCUUUGCGCCCACUGCAGACCUCGCCGCGCAACUGGUCGUUCGCAUACGACCCCGUUCGCGAUGGCCCACCUUCGACGACGUCGUCAGUUACACAGUCGCGCUUCCCCUCGUUGUACAGCUCGCCCGCACCCUCGCCCGCCUCCGUUUUUACCGCGCCGACGACGACGACCGCCUCUCCUUUCGACCCCUUCCCUCGCCAUCUCCCUCCGCUGGACGGCCUCGAACCUGCCGGUCUCCCUGCGUCAGCAGGAGACUCUCCGCCGCGCUUCUUGUCGCACGGGACCUUCCUCGACGACUUCGACGACGAGCGACGGGAUCAAGGUCGCUUCUCUCCGCGGCAGAACACGCGUGCUGCAGAAGACGAGCGCGUCCUCCGCCUCUUCAGCAGUGCGCCUUAG